AUGGAGAACGGUGUGAAGAGUGAACAGGAGGCGAAGAACAGCUUGGGCCGCCUUCGGGCCCCUAAAGGAAGCCACAGCCCAACUGACGGACUCAGAGCUCCGAGCCAACUGUUUGAUUCAACCAUUCUCCCUGCGUUCCGCUACGCAGCAGAGACAUGGCCUGAUACUUGGCUACAAUACAACGAAUGCACUCAACAUCUCGACGGACUUCGCAGUUUACAUAUGAAAUCAAUCUCGUCUUCGCGAUCCAGCGGAAUAGUCUCUAAGGCAAAACAUCGGGACUGGUCAUGCAAAGAGAAGGACAGACGACAGAUGGACACUCUGGAAUGGAUUCCUCGCGGAAGUAAAAGGUCCUCGAGGGAGGCCAAGCGGGUAACGAGUGAUGGAUCUGGACCUCGCGACGUUGGCGCCGCAGAAUACCAACAUCGAUGUCACUAA